AUGAAAGAUGGAGAGGGUAGGAUAGCUCUUCACAUUGCAGCUCAUCGCAACAACGGAGGAGUAACAGAAGAGAUUAUAUCAAUGUGUCCAGAUUGUUGCGAAGUGGUUGACAAUAAAGGCCGCAACGCACUACAUCUCGCCCUGAUGACCAACUUGAGUCCAGAUGUAGCGCUAGUGAUACAAGAUAAUUCAUCUCUCCGGAAUCUUUUGAAUCAGAAGGACAACGACGGGAAUACACCUCUCCAUCACUAUUCCAUUUCUGCUCGUUACCACGACCGUGUCCUGAAUUCUCCAAGAGUUGACAAAAUGGUCUUCAACAAAAAGAACCAGAAUGCUUAUCGAGUCUUAAGAAGAAAAGAGUACAGUGUUGUUGAUAAGAAAAAGUGGGAAGAUAUUAUUGAAGUCCAGGAAAAUUUUGAUUUCUAUGCCAAUGGGCGAGUAUUAGAAGUUGGGCAUGAUGAAAUUGAGAAACUUUAUCCGACGGAGGAGAGUGAGGAGGAGUGGGAGAAGAAGAUGAUAAAGGAGGAUAAUAAAGCGGCUCAAGCCCAUUUGGUAGUUGCUGCACUCAUUACAACCGUGACCUUUGCAGCAGGCAUUACCAUGCCUGGGGGCUUUGUUGGUGGAGAUGAUCAUCCACAUCCAGGCUCUGCAGUUCUGAGGAAUAGUGUUGCUUUCAAGGCUUUUAUCAUUACAAAUGCCCUAUCAUUGAUGCUAUCUAGUUCUGCUAUCUUUAUCCACCUUAUUAUUCCAGUUCUCCCUUCUGAUGAUGACUUCUUCCGAAAGCGCAUAAGUUUUCUUCGAAUAGCCUUUCGGUUCCUUCUUUUUUCCAUGGCACCAAUGGUUUUGGCAUUCGUCACAGGAACAUAUGCUGUGUUAGCGCAUUCAAAUAUUGCCAUUCCCAUUUGUAUUAUUUGCUUAUCCUUCUUUCCUAUCCUUGUUUAUAUAUAUAGAAAAUUAUGGUACUAAGCGCUAUGAUUUAGCCGCUAUGCAAAAAUUCUGGUUAGCAUCACGAACCCUAACCAAACCCCUUUUAAACCCCAAAUUGAAACCCACUUGGUUAAGACCUACAAAUUUUGGCCACCUUAGCAAAUAUUCUUGAGGAAGUUUCCUCCCCCAUAUGGUAGGCCAUCCUCUGCCCUUGACCGCACCCAAAUAGUGCCUUGAUGUGAGAGGAAGGUCCACCUUACCACCCUUCAUACCUCACGGCAACAACAACAACCCUUCUCCCUCACUAUUCUUUACUUUUUGUAACAUAGGCACCUCCAAUCAAAGGGUCAUCCAAGCCCAUACCUCCCCCCCUCCAGAAUGCUAAAGUCUUGCAAGACACC